GCCUGGCUAUUACCUACGUAGCUUGAGUGAGGGAAAUGUACUCGGCGCAUGCUUAGAGGCACUCUGGUUUAUUGCGACUUCCCACUAUCAGGGAUGUCCUACCGUUGACAACCAGGGUCUGGACUGACUCUUGGCCGGGGCAUCUCUUCUUGCCCCUUCUAACUGAGCGCGAUGCCGAGCUGCUGACUCCUCCCCAGGCUGGCGGCGGGGGCUGCAGGAACAGCAGCAGCAGCAUUUCCUCCCGGCCCGGCCCGCUUCUUGUACUUGUCCAGACAGGCUGCUGGUGUGCCCGCGUGCGUCGCUUCCCGUGGCCGGCUCCUGACCCCAGGCGGGGCGGUCCUUCUUGCUUCCCUUUCCCAGCCCAUCGAUCCCCCAAGGCAGUCAUGUCAUUCCGGAAGGUUGUGCGCCAGAGCAAGUUCCGCCACGUCUUUGGGCAGCCCGUCAAGAAUGACCAGUGCUACGAUGACAUCCGGGUGUCACGGGUCACUUGGGACAGCACCUUCUGUGCUGUCAAUCCCAAAUUUGUGGCUGUGAUUAUAGAGGCCAGCGGGGGAGGGGCCUUCAUGGUGCUUCCGCUACAAAAGACUGGACGCAUUGAUAAGUCUUACCCUACAGUAUGUGGACACACGGGACCUGUUUUGGACAUUGACUGGUGCCCACACAAUGAUCAGAUUAUUGCCAGUGGCUCCGAGGACUGCACCAUCAUGGUAUGGCAGAUCCCAGAGAAUGGGCUGGCUGUGCCUCUGACUGAGCCAGUGGUGGUUCUAGAGGGGCAUUCCAAGCGUGUGGGCAUCAUCACUUGGCAUCCGACUGCCCGCAAUGUCCUCCUCAGUGCAGGCUGUGAUAAUGUGGUUAUCGUGUGGAAUGUGGGCACCACUGAAGAACUGUACCGCCUUGAUGAUUUGCAUCCUGACCUCAUUUAUAAUGUGAGCUGGAACCGCGAUGGCAGCCUCUUCUGCUCAGCCUGUAAGGACAAGAGCGUGCGCAUCAUUGACCCCCGUCGUGGGCAAGUUGUAGCGGAGAAGGAGAGAGCUCAUGAAGGAGCACGUCCUAUGCGGGCCAUUUUCUUGGCUGAUGGGAAGAUCUUCACAACAGGCUUCAGCCGUAUGAGUGAACGACAGCUGGCACUCUGGGACCCUGAGAAUCUGGAGGAGCCCAUGGCAUUGCAGGAGCUGGACUCGAGCAAUGGGGCUCUUCUGCCCUUCUAUGACCCUGACACCAAUGUGGUCUAUGUCUGUGGCAAGGGAGACUCAAGCAUCCGGUACUUUGAGAUCACAGCAGAAGCACCCUACAUCCACUUCCUGAACACAUUCAUUAGCAAAGAACCACAGCGUGGCAUGGGAUGGAUGCCCAAACGAGGUCUAGAUGUCAACAAGUGCGAGAUCGCCAGGUUCUAUAAACUCCAUGAGCGCAAGUGUGAACCCAUUAUCAUGACAGUGCCAAGGAAGUCAGAUCUGUUCCAAGAUGACUUGUACCCAGACACAGCUGGGCCAGAAGCUGCCAUGGAAGCCGAGGAGUGGGUGGCCGGGAAGACGGCAGCACCCAUCCUGAUCUCGCUGCGUGAAGCCUACGUGCCCACCAAGCAGCGGGACUUUAAAGUCAACCGAAGGAGCCUGUUGCAGGAGAGCCGCCCUGCUGCUGCCCCCAGCACCGGGCCGAGUGCCACACACCCCAGUGCCAUGUCCCAGUCUGCUGCCAUGCCGGCCAUUAGCGUCAGUGCUGCCAGUGGGGAAGGUGGGCAGGUGACUGAGGAGGUGCUGCGUGAGGUGGCAUCGCUGCGAGCACUGGUGGCGGCACAGGGCGAGCGCAUUGCACGGCUGGAGGAGCAGUUGAGCCGCAUUGAGAAUGGCGAUGCCUAGGGCCUCUGCCCUGCUGAGGAGACCUCACCAACGUGGAUCUUCUUGAAUGCUUCACCUUUUUGAGCUGCCACUAAUCCCUGACACUGCCUCAUCCUGCCCUGUGGUGUGAGACAGGGACUUGCCCUUUCUUGCUGCUACUGGGGAUGUCUCUUGGGUUUUGUGUCUGACCAAACCUCCCCCCACUUCUGUUGCUCUCCCCACCCCAUAUUAUUCAAGGGGCAAUGUGCUGGUCUCCCCACAUCUGCCCCUUUGCCUUACUCUGGUCUGGGUCCCCCCGCCACUGCUCCCAUUUCCAUGGCAGGAAUUAGCCUGCCUGUCCCUGUAUGGGGAUCGGGAGUAAUUAACUGCGCAGUCUUAUGUGCCCACGCCCUCCACUGGGGACAAGGCUGGGAUGCCCUUUCCAAUCCUUUAUGGCAGGUGGAUGUGGUUAGUAGGAGCUAGUGCCUCCAGUUACUCACCACUGGGGGGGUGGCCAUGUCUCCUUCUCCUCCUCCCUGCUAGGACCACUGAGAUCCUGUUGAGGAUUGCCUGAAUUUAUUUUUACAAAGAGACCAUGGAGGUGACCAAUGGGGCCAGACUGUGAAAGCUACCUGCCAUCUAGUCACUGUCUGAAGCCCCUUCUCUCUGGGACUAUUCUUCUCUCCAGCCCUCAAGGGAAAGCAGGUUCUGACUGACUAAAAAAAGUGUGGGGG